AUGGUAAUAAAAAAAUCAGGAGCGGAGAUGUCAUUUACUCAGUUUGGAUAUCCGUACAACGGCAACUCUCAGUUUUUGGUUUCGACAAAUCCAAGUACAAUGUGUUAUGAUUCCUCGAUAUCUAAAUCGCUGCCCGAGGUCUCUGCUACUUCUGCCCAGACCCCUACCAUCUGCUGCCCUUCUUAUGAGAACAGGCUGCUGGUCAGCACAAGGACUGAUCUGAGUGCAGCGCUAGGAGUCUAUAACCCCCAGUACACCGCAGCCAGUCCAGGCUACACCAGCUACCGCCCCUGCACUUCUGACCCAGCAUCCUUGUAUUCCACUCUGACCUCUCAGUAUGAAAUGAAGGAUGGCGCCAGCUCUCUGCAUCCAGGGAUAGCUCAGCCUGCUGCCUACUAUCCAUAUGAUCACUCCUUGGGGCAGUACCAGUACGACAGGUUCGGAACGCUGGAUUUUACGGUCUCCACAAGACGGAAAAAUGCAACCAGAGAGACCACAAGCACCCUAAAGACCUGGCUAUAUGAGCAUCGAAAAAAUCCCUAUCCAACGAAAGGUGAAAAAAUUAUGCUGGCGAUUAUUACAAAGAUGACCCUCACACAAGUGUCUACUUGGUUUGCUAAUGCCAGAAGGAGGUUAAAAAAGGAAAAUAAAAUGACCUGGUCACCAAAAAAUAAGCCUGGAGAUGAAAGUAAAGAAGAGAAAUGUGACGCGGAUGAAUAUAGUCCAGAGAGUGACAGUCCAGAAGAAAAAUUCAGCAAAAGUGAGAAGGAGCUGAAGCAAAUUGACUUGGAAGACAACGCGGAAGAGGUGACCAGCUUACAGAGUAAAGACAAGAACGUGGAAUGCCAUCAUGAUCUGACCAGAUCCACCUUGCUUGCUUCAGAGACCAGUGAGAGCCUUUUGACCCAAAAUUACAAUGCAGCCAGCAGUCCGUGUGCCAAGGAUAAUAUGGAAGACUUUUUGGGACUAAUGGUGGGGAAAAAAAGCUUCCAAGGAUACAGCGAACACAUAAUUGCUGAACCGAUACAAGAGCUCCUGAGAGGACAUCCUAAAAAGUACCAGAAAUCCCAGAUACCGGUUGAAUGGAAUAAAGAAAGAGAUAUCGCUUUCCAACUCCUGAAGAAGAAGUUGACAGAACCACCUGUCUUGGGCUAUCCCGAUUAUCAACAGCCAUUCCAUCUCUACACUGAUGCCAGUAAGAGAGGCUUCGGAACUGUCCUGUCUCAAGUGCAAGAAGGUAAAGAGAGAGUAAUUGCUUAUGCUAGCAGAUCCCUUAGAGGUGCUAAGAAAAAUGACCAAAAUGACAGUGCCUUCAAGUUAGAAUUUCUAGCACUUGUGUGGGCCGUCACUGAAAAAUUUAAAGACGACCUCGCAGCAACCCCAUUUGUGGCCUAUACUGAUAACAACCCACUGGUGCAUCUCAACAUAGCCGAGUUAGGAGCCUUAGAGGAGAGAUGGGCCUCACGUCUUGCCAACUACAAUUUCACUGUCAAGUACAGAACAGGCAAGUCAAAUGAAAACGUGGAUGCCUUAUGUCGCCUGCCUACCAAAUAA